AUGUCUUCCGCUACUUCUUUCUACGACUUCGAGCCUGCUGACAAAAAGGGCACACCCUUCCCCCUCUCUUCUCUCUCCGGAAAGGUCGUACUGGUUGUGAACACCGCCUCAAAGUGCGGCUUCACACCACAGUUCGAAGGCCUGGAGAAGCUCUACAAGAACUUGUCGAGCAAGUACCCAGAUGACUUCACAGUCAUCGGCUUCCCCUGCAACCAGUUCGGCAGCCAAGACCCCGGUUCCGAUGAUGAGAUCCAGUCCUUCUGCCAGCUGAACUACGGUGUCUCCUUCCCCGUGCUGGGCAAGCUCGAUGUGAACGGCGAUAACGCCGCACCCGUGUGGACCUGGAUGAAGGAGCAGCAGCCUGGUAUUAUGGGCCUCAAGCGCGUGAAGUGGAACUUUGAGAAGUUCCUUGUUUCGGCUGAUGGAAAGGUUGUUGGUCGUUGGGCUACUACUACCAAGCCUGAGGGUCUUGAGGAUACUAUUGUUCAGGAGCUUGAGAAGGCUAAGAAGGCUGGUACUCUUGCUUCGAUGAAGAAGGGUGAUGCUCCUGCUGCCACUGAGGCUUAG